AUGAAGGCUUUUCUGUGGUCUGAGGUUAAGGUGGACUUUCCUGUCUACAGUCCUGAAUCCAAACAUAAUAAGAAAGAUGAAAGAUGUGGUAACACAGGAUCAUCUGCUGAGACAAAGAGCAAGUUGGAAGAAGAAUUUGAGACUUGUUUCAUUGUCAGAAGGAUAAUACGUAAAAGAGAAAUAGGCCAUUUAGAAAGAACUGGUUCACAGAAGAGUACAAAAUGGACUUUGAGGAGAAUUCAUAAUGAUUUUGAAAUGAUACACCUGAUACUUGCUGAAGGAAGGCGCAUGGGACUGAUCCGGGAGGCAGAUGCUGCUACUCAAGCAGGAGAAUAUGGAGAAAUCCAAAACUCAAGUGCCGCAUUACCACCACCGCUGGGGCCCGACUCUCGCGAGAAUUCCCUGGGCCACCCUCGCACCUUCCCUGACUCCACCGGGGAAUCAGGAGGAAGUUCUGGAGAGCCACUGCACGCAAAGGCGACAGGCCAACCUUGCUCCAGCGCACAGCCAGCCGUCGGAUCCUAUGUCUCGCGGGCCCUCCGGAGGCUGAGGGGGGAACAGCUCGGCCAGGAACCCCUGGGGCCCGACGCCUUGCAGUUUGUCCUCCCUGAUGACAAUGAUGCAGAGGAAGAGGCACCAAAACCCGGGCUGGGUGGCCGGCGCCCUGGGUGUGCAGGGAAGAAAGGAGUCUGAUUCGAGCUGAUAAACAUCGAGGAUCUUGAGGAGGAUCUUGUGGUAAAUGGAGAGAGGUCUGACUGUACCCUACCAGAUUCCAUGUCUUCAGGGAACAAAGGAAAGGCUAAACAUGGGAACCCAGAGAUCAAGCAAGAUGGAGAUGCAACCAAAGCAGGGUCCCCAGAACAGUCUAAUGCAAGUGGCAAACUCCGAAAGAAGAAAAAGAAGCAGAAAAAUAAGACAAGCUGCACAGGAAAAUCUUCAGAAAAUGGACUAGAAGAUGAUCGCAUCCUAGAGAGGAUUGAAGACAGCAGCGGGUUCAGCCACCCCGGGCCCCCUCCACUGAGCUCCAGGAAGCACGUGCUGUAUGUGGAGCACAGACACUUGAAUCCAGACACAGAACUGAAGAGGUAUUUUGGUGCUUGAGCGGUCCUGGGAGAGCAAAGACCUCAACAGAGACAGCGUGUGUAUCCCAAGUGUACAUGGCUGACAAUCCCUAAGAGCACAUGGCCCCGAUAUAGCAAACCAGGCCUAUCAUUGCGGCUGCUGGAGUCCAAGAAAGGCCUUUCCUUCUUCGCAUUUGAGCAUAAUGAAGAGUACCAACAAGCACAGCACAAGUUCCUGGUGGCCGUGGAGUCCAUGGAGCCAAACAACAUUGUGGUUCUGCUCCAGACAAGCCCCCAUCGUGUGGACUCACUUCUGCAGCUCAGUGAUGCCUGCCGCUUUCAGGAGGAUCAAGAGAUGGCUCGAGACCUUAUAGAGAGAGCCCUGUACAGCAUGGAGUGUGCAUUCCACCCCUUGUUCAGUCUCACCAUUGGGACUUGCAGGCUGGAUUACCGCAGACCUAAGAACAGCAGCUUCUACCUGGCCCUCUAUAAGCAGAUGAGUUUCUUGGAGAAGCGUGUCUGCCCACGCACGGCCCUGGAGUACUGCAAGCUCAUUCUGAGCCUCGAGCCGGAUGAGGACCCCCUGUGCAUGCUGCUGCUUAUCGACCACCUGGCCAUACGGGCCCGGAACUAUGAGUACCUGAUCCGCCUCUUCCAGGAAUGGGAGGGUCAUUGGAGCCUGUCCCAGUUCCCAAAUUUUGCCUUCUCUGUUCCAUUGGCCUAUUUCCUUCUGAGUCAGCAAACAGACUUACCUGAGCAUGAGGUCAGCUCUGCCAGGCAGCAGGCUUCCCUCCUGAUGCAGCAGGCGCUCAACAUGUUCCCUGGAAUCCUUCUGCCAUUGCUGGAGUAUUGCAAUGUGUGGCCUGAUGCCACGGUCUCAAACCACUGCUUCUUUGGGCCGGAUGGUGAGAUAAGUCAGCCUCCCGCCCUGAGCCAGCUGUUGAGUCUGUACCUGGGGAGGUCACACUUCCUUUGGAAAGAACCUACCGUUAUGAGCUGGCUAGAAGAAACUGUCCAUGAGGUUCUGCAGGCAGUGGAUGCUGGAGACCCUGCUGUGGAGGCCUGUGAGAACAGGCGGAAAGUGUUGUACCAACGUGCACCCAGAAACAUCCACCGCCAUGUGAUACUGUCUGAGAUCAAGGAGACUGUUGCUGCCCUACCCUCGGAUGUGACCACACAGUAUGUGAUGGGAUUUGACCCUCUGCCUCCUGUGGACACCAUCUACCCCUACGUCAGACCAGAGAGGCUGAGUCCAGUCAGCCACGGAAACACAAUUGCCCUCUUCUUCCGGUUGUUAUUGCCAAAUUACACCACAGAGCAGCUGUAA